GAAUUUUCAAUCUUGAGGCCCUUUAAAAGGAUUAAUGGUGCACAUGCAUUUAGUUUGUGUUUCCAUCUGGGAAGAGAGAAAUGGGGAGGAGGCCUUGCUGCUCCAAGGAAGGACUCAACAGAGGAGCAUGGACUGUUAGUGAAGAUACAGUUCUUACAGCUUAUGUUCAAGAACAUGGAGAAGGAAACUGGAGGAAUCUUCCCUCUAGAGCUGGUUUGAAGCGAUGUGGUAAGAGCUGCAGACUUAGAUGGCUAAAUUACCUUCGUCCAGACAUUAAAAGAGGCAACAUAUCAGAGGAUGAAGAGGACCUUAUUAUUAGACUUCACAAGCUACUCGGAAACAGAUGGUCAUUGAUUGCUGGAAGGCUUCCAGGUCGAACAGACAAUGAAAUUAAGAACUACUGGAACAGUACUCUUAGUAAAAAAGCACAAGGGAUGCUUCGAAAAUCUUCUGCAUCAUCAAAACUCUGUUCAGAUCGCAAAUCUAUAGUGAAAAAUCCCAAGACAAAGCUUGAGAGAUCCAAGCAACCUGUUUCACCAAAAUCUGCAGUCCGAUUUAACUCCUUGAGACACAUUAAAGUUGUCCCCGCAAUGUCAUCUCCAAGUAGUCCCUCUAAUAUCUCAGCAUUCUAUAAUUUACAAGAUCUUCAAGAACUUCCAAAGGAUUGGACAAACACAGCCCACAAGCUUGACAAUUCAGAGGUGGAGGCACUGACAUCAUGCCAUGAAGAAAACGCGAUGGAAGAUUAUGGUUGCAAGAAUGAUUUAAACGAGGGUGGAUUUGAUCAUUCUCUCAGUGUUUCUGACGCGAUGAAUCAAGAUUGGACAACAAAUGACUUUCUUGAAGGCAAUGCCAUAAUAGACUUAGAUUCUUUGUUCUCAUUUCUUAAUGAUGAGGAGUGGCCCUUUGUAAAUGAUUCUUCUAUUAAUGUAUGAUCUGCAUUCAUUGUAAAAUUGUAUGCCUGAAUUGACAAAUUAUAUGAUUGUUUGAUUUGUACUGACAAACAUUAGCAACAAAUUGACAUGAAGCUGAA